AUGGCGUUCACACGCCUUCUCAAGGCUGUCGCCGCCCUCACACUCGUUUCCUCGAUCCAAUCCGUCGCCGCCGAUGGUGGCUCCGGCGACAGCUCAGUCUGCGCCUCGUCGUCCAAAUGCAUUCCAUUCACUAUUGACCUCACUUGGGCGCCCACAGACCCCAGCAAAGGCAUCUCCAGAAAUGCCAUCCUGACCAACGGCUCCCUACCCGGUCCUCCCUUGAAGAUGAAGGUUGGGGACUGUGUCGACUUUGUCGUCAACAACAACAUGCCUAAUGCCACUGGCAUCCACUUCCACGGUAUUCGUCAAAAUGGUACGCCAUGGGCCGACGGUGUGCCCGGUGUCAGCCAAUACUCGAUCCAACCUGGUACCAGCUACAUGUAUCAAUGGACCGCGACCGAGUCGGGCAACUACUUCUACCAUGCUCAUUACAAGGGACAGAUGAUGGACGGUCUCUACGGUGCCAUUCUGAUUGCUCCAGCGGAUGAUGCUGAGACGCCCUUCAGCCAGAUCAGCAGCUCUGAUGUGGAUGCCAUCACCAAGGCUGCGCUCAACGUUGAGCCCGUCUUUGUCACCGACUGGAACCGAUACACCUUCGAUGAGUUCUUUGCGGUUGAACAGACGGCAAACGUCGACUGGGCCUGCAGUGACUCGAUCACCCUGAACGGAUUCGGCUCGCAGUACUGCCCAUCUAUUGCCGACCUCACCGCAUCUGCUGCUCCUCAAGAACCGCAAGUGCUGAACGGCUCCUCUCUGACCGCCAAGGGCUGUGUUCCUCCUAACAAUGCUGCCAUCCAAGGUGGCCAGUACCUUGCGCUCCAGAACCUGGCUGCUUUACCUACCGAUGCUUACGACACCUGCAUUGGCUAUGGUGGUUCGAACUUCACCUACUCGGUUGACCCCAGCAAUGGAUGGGCUGCGAUGAGCUUCAUCAGCCCUGCCGGUGUUGUGUUGGUCAAGGUCACCAUCGACAGCCACAAGCUGUACGUCUACGAAAUCAACGGCAACUACAUUGUCCCUCAAGUUGUGGACCAGAUCAGUCUCAGCAACGGUGACCGUGUCUCGUUCUUGGUCAAGCUCGACCAAACCCCCGGUGACUACACGAUCCGUGUUGCCAACGAGGGUAUCAACCAGGUCAUCUCGGGCUUUGGUGUCCUGUCGUACAAGGGUGGCAACAACGCGCCCGCUGGUGUCUCGGCGAUGAACUAUGGUGGCCAGAACACUACUGCCAUUGUCCCCCUGAACAAUGCUCUCGCCGCUCCUUACCCAGCCAACACCCCUGCGCCGAGCGCCGAUGUCAGCUUCAUCCUGGACAUCCAGAAGUCUCCCGUUCAACCUACCGAGGCGUGGGCCUGGACACUGUCGGGCACUGAUUCGUACAACAUGAGCAGCGAUGAUGACACUCCCCCUCUUCUGUUCCAGAGCCCGUCGAGCAUUCCCACCAGCGACUUGAUCUUGGAGACCAAGGCCAACCAGUGGGUUGACUUGAUCAUCAAGGUUUCGGGCCCCGUGGCUGAGCCGCAUCCCAUCCACAAGCACGCCAACAAGUUCUACAUGAUUGGCGCCGGUGUGGGCGACUUCAACUUCACCAACGUGGCCGAUGCCAUCACGGCCGGCUACCCAUUCAACCUGGUCAACCCUCCUUAUGUUGACGGCUUCACCAGCAUCCCUGCCGAGGGCAACAACACGUGGAUGGUGUUCCGGUACGAGGUCAACACGCCUGGUGCCUGGCUCCUCCAUUGCCACGUCCAGUCUCACUUUUCUGGCGGUAUGGCUGUUGCUAUUUUGGACGCUAUUGACAACUUCCCCACUGUCCCGUCGGAUGUGGGCAAGGUCUGCCCUGGCUCAGGCACCAGCACGUCUGGCAGCGACAACUCGGGCACGCAAGUGCAGAACGAGGGAUCUAGCACGACCAGCGCUGUGUCUACGUCGUCAUUCACUGGAGCGGCCUCGUCAGUGAUGGUAUCAUCUGGCACGGCAGCUCUUGGAUUGCUUGCUCUUGCUUUUGCUCUGUGA